CCGGCAUGACUCCCUGGGUGCAUGCUCCGGCCUGGUCCUCGCCCCUGCGCCCAUGGAGCGUCUGCGGAGCCUCGGCCGACCCUUGCCCCGCACCGUGCGCACCCUCUUCGCCCUCUCCCUGCACUCCGGGGCUCGUCCCCUGGUCGCCUGUGGCCCCCGGCCUAGCAGCCACCGGGUGGCAGGUGAAAUAUGCCGGUAUAGAUCUGCGGAUGUCUCUCAGGCCACUUUGGCCAGCGUGUCCCCGGUGUUUGCUGUGACAAAAUUUGACGAAGGGGGAAAUGUUACUUCUUUUGAAAGGAAGAAAACAGAUUUAUAUCAAGAACUAGGACUUCAAGCCAGAGACUUGAGAUUUCAGCACUUAAUGAGCAUCACAACAAGAAACAAUAGGAUUAUUAUGAGAAUGGAGUACUUGAAAGCUGUGAUCACUCCAGAGUGCCUCCUGGUGUUAGAUUAUCGGCAUUUGAAUUUGGAGCAGUGGCUGUUCCGAGAGCUGCCCUCACAGUUGGCGGGGGAGGGCCAGCUCGUCACAUACCCUCUGCCUUUCGAGUUCAGAGCCAUUGAAGCACUCCUACAGUACCGGAUCAACACGCUUCAGGGAAAACUUAGCACUCUACAGCCUCUGAUCCUGGAGACGCUGGAAGCCCUGGUGGACCCCAAACACUCCUCUGUAGACAGAAGCAAACUGCACAUCUUACUGCAGAAUGGCAAGAGCCUCUCGGAGUUAGAAACAGAUAUCAAAAUCUUCAAAGAAUCCAUUCUGGAGAUCUUAGAUGAGGAAGAGAUGCUGGAAGAGCUGUGUCUGACCAAGUGGAGCGACCCACGAGUCUUCGAGAAGAGCAGCGCCGGGAUCGACCAUGCCGAGGAGAUGGAGCUGCUGCUGGAGAACUACUACCGGCUGGCGGAGGAUCUGUCCAACGCCGCCAGGGAGCUCCGGGCACUCAUCGAUGACUCCCAGAGUAUCAUCUUCAUCAACCUGGACAGCCACCGAAACGUGAUGAUGAGGCUGAACCUGCAGCUGACCAUGGGCACCUUCUCGCUUUCACUCUUCGGACUAAUGGGAGUCGCUUUUGGGAUGAAUCUGCAGUCGUCUCUUGAAGAGGACCAUCGCGUGUUCUGGCUGAUCACGGGGAUUAUGUUCAUGGGGAGUGGCCUUAUCUGGAGGCGUUUGCUGUCAUUCCUCGGGCGCCAGCUGGAAGCACCUCUGCCUCCUAUGGCCUCUUUGCCCAAGCGGCCCCUGCAGGCAGAUCGUCGGGUGGAGUUGAAGCACAACUUCCGACCGGACGGACUGGGAUCACACCGGAAUGUUCUGGCAAACCGAUGAGAACAACUUAGCGAAAACUCUUGUUCUUCCCGGGUAUUCGCAGAGAAGCUUGAUGUUCUCCUAUGGUUUUCUUUUAUAGAGGGAGAUAUGAAGAAUGAUGAGUUAAGUUAUAAUGUCUAUUGAGAAAAAGAUUACGGCAGUCAUGGAAUUUCACUCCAAAGUUCUUGCCUUUGUAAAAAGCCAAGAAUCUAUUUCCUACAAAUGUACAAAUGUAAUGAACGUUUUUUUUAUAAAUGUGAUGUGAGGCAUGGAGA